AUGUUUGCUAUUCGGCAAGCGACCGGCAAAGGUCUGGGGGUCUUUGCGUCCCAGCAGAUUCGCUCCGGCCAACGAAUCCUGUCCGAUCGCGCCCUGCUUACAAUAUCUGCCUCAAAAACAGACAUUCUUUCACAGGUAACUCUGCUGCCAAAGCUUGAUGUAGCUGCUCUCCUUGGACUUUCUCAAAACCCAGCCAAGUCUGGCGUCUUGAGCUGGCUAGAGUCGAUAUGGCGUAGCAAAUCAGCGCCCUCCAACACACGACUCAAUCACACAAUCCUAAACAUCUUUAGAAACAACAACUUUGACAUCGGAGACGAUGUCCGCGCUUUGUUUCCUCGAGUAGCACGCUUGAACCAUUCAUGUGUGCCUAAUGCGCAGGGAAAUUUCAACCGCGCGCUAGACAAGUUCACGGUGCAUGCCACGUCCGAUAUACAGUCUGGAGAGGAGAUCACCAUUUCGUAUCUGGACGAUCAUCUGGCGCUGAGGGCCAACAGACAGAGCAAGCUCUUAGACAAUUAUGGCUUCGUCUGCGGCUGUAGGGCAUGUGACAAGACUCUACCAGAGUCAGCAGCUCGAGAGGCUAGAAGAGCCAAAGCAAUUGACCGACUUGAGAAGUUCGCUCAGUCGGGUCCCGCUGAUGCUGGCAAAGAAAUGGACGUGGUACUUGCUCUCUUAAACGCGUACCAGGAGGAGGGCAUCCGUGGACGAGAGAUUGCAACCAUGUACAUGGCAGCGGCAUCCCAAGCAUCAAAGCUGGGCUUCCAAGAGAAAGCUCGGGAGCUCGCUCUUGCAGGCCUAAAAUGUGAAGUAGAGGCUGUUGGGGGUGAUAGUCCUUUCUUCGCAGCUACGGAGAAGCAAGCGAAAGAUUUAGGGGUUGGCGUAGACAUAAACCUAUAG